UCUCUCUCUUGCUCCAGUAACUGGAGGCACAAGUUCCUUCUUCCCCAGCCUCAACUUCAUUUUGCAGAAGCUCUGGGCCAUAUUCCGCUGCUGCCAUGGCACCCAAAAAGAACAAAUCGACCAAGAAGAAUAAAGGAGACAUAAAUGAAAUUACCAUAAUGGUCGAGGACAGCCCUGUCAACAAGAUCAAUGGGCUGAACACUCUGUUGGAAGGAGGAAAUGGCUUCAACUGCAUUUCAACCGAAGUUACUGAUUCUGUGUAUGCCCCAAACCUGCUGGAGGGUUUGAGCAGCAUGAGGCAGGACAGCUUCCUCUGCGAUCUAACCAUCUCCACCAAGUCAAAGUCAUUUGAUGUUCACAAGGUAGUCAUGGCGUCCUGCAGCGAGUACAUUCGAAACAUCUUGAAGAAGGAUUCAACCCUCCAGACGAUCGACCUGAACGACCUCUCACCUGCCGGCCUCGCCACAGCGAUUACAUAUGCAUACUCUGGAAAGCUGACCCUGUCGCUGUACAGCAUUGGUAGCACCAUCGCCGCCGCCAUGCUGCUGCAGGUCGGCACCUUAGUGAAGAUGUGCAGUGAUUUCCUCAUGCAGGAGCUCAGCGUGGAGAACUGCAUGUAUGUGGGCAACAUCGCUGAUGCCUACAACCUCAAAGAAACCAAGGAAGCAUCCCAGAAGUUCAUGCGGGAGAACUUCAUUGAGUUCUCUGAGAUGGAGCAGUUCCUGAAGCUCACCUACGAGCAAAUCAGUGAUUUCCUCUCAGACGAUUCCCUGCAUCUUCCCUCUGAGAUCACAGCCUUCCAGAUCGCCAUGAAGUGGUUGGACUUUGAUGAGAAGAGGUUGAAGUAUGCGGCGGAUCUCCUUACUCUCAUCCGCUUCGGCACCAUCUCUGCCCAAGACCUGGUGAAUCAUGUCCAGAGUGCGCCCAGAAUGAUGCAAGACCCAGAGUGCCACCGUCUCCUUGUUGAUGCCAUGAAUUACCAUCUGCUGCCAUACCAACAGAACAUCCUCCAGUCACGCAGAACAAAGGUGCGCGGUGGCCUCAAGGUGAUAUUCACAGUUGGUGGACGCCCUGCCUUGACAGAGAAAUCACUCAGCAAAGAAGUUCUCUACAGAGAUGAAGAUAACGUGUGGAAUAAGUUGACAGAAAUGCCAGCAAAGAGCUUCAAUCAAUGCGUGGCAGUCUUGGACGGCUUCCUGUAUGUGGCAGGUGGCGAGGACCAGAAUGAUGCAAGGAACCAAGCUAAACAUGCUGUUGGCAACUUCUGCAGAUAUGACCCCCGCUUCAACACUUGGAUUCACUUGAGCAACAUGAUCCAGAAGCGCACACACUUUAGCCUCAACAUCUUCAAUGGCCUUCUGUUUGCCAUUGGAGGGCGAAAUGGUGAUGGCGUUCAGGCCUCGGUGGAGUGCUACGUGCCCUCCUCCAACCAGUGGCAGAUGAAAGCUCCCAUGGAGGUGCCCCGCUGCUGUCACGGCAGCUCCCUCAUCGAGGGCAAGAUCCUUGUAUCCGGUGGUUACAUCAACAACGCUUACUCCAGGGCUGUGUGCUCGUACGACCCCUCCACCGACAGCUGGCAGGAUAAGAGCAGUCUGAGCACGCCUCGAGGCUGGCAUUGCGCUGCCACCGUGGGAGACCGGGCCUACGUCAUUGGUGGUAGUCAGUUGGGAGGUCGUGGGGAGAGGGUGGAUGUCCUCGCCGUCGAGUCUUACAACCCUCACGGCGGGCAGUGGAGCUACUGCGCGCCUCUCCACACAGGAGUGAGCACGGCUGGUAUUUGUGUUUUGAACAGCAAGGUGUAUCUCCUCGGAGGCUGGAACGAGGGCGAGAAGAAGUACAAGAAAUGCAUUCAGUUGUACAACCCUGACCUCAAUGAUUGGACUGAGGAUGAUGAAUUGCCGGAAUCUACGGUUGGCAUUUCAUGCUGUGUCGUCACCAUACCCACAAGGAAAACACGAGAGUCCAGAGCCAGUUCAGUGUCUUCAGCACCAGUUAGUAUAUAAAAGUUUAGAUCAUAAUAAUGUAGUUCACAUGUUAUGUCUAAAGUUCUCUAUCUUUUCUGGUGCAUAAAUCUUGGUUUUAUCUCUACCAAUAGAUGCUUUUUUCGUGGCUAAGAUGAUAUCUAAAUUGUCAUCAACUUUUUUUCAGAUGAGCAAAAAUGUAUAAAAAGAAAGGACUACAAAUUUGGAAUCUUAAAAUAUAUUUAAAAACAAACAUUAAUUUCUAUAUUCAGUUGUUUUAGAGUUUAAUAAUUGGUAUAAUUAAGGUCAAAUUCUGUUCACAAUAAAGACCUAACUAAUCUUGUCGUUUCAAAACGGAAAUGUACCUUUGGGGCCAAUUAAGUUGGGAUAAGUGUAUUAGCCCUUUUUUCUAUAGCAAAUAUAAUGUAAUUUAGGAGUCGAAUGAAAGGUAUAAAAAUGGAAAAUCACUGCUGUUUUUGAGAUUAAUCAAUAACACGAUUGUCUUUUUCACUCAGCGUCAUAACAUUAUAAUAGUGUGUUGUUUGUAUGCAACACUGUCAUCAAUAAUGUAGGAUUUUGUGACCGUCCUUCUAAUGACAACUAUAAUAGCUACUGUGAUUAUAGAUACUUGAACAGAAUAUUGGGCUAGAACUGGAAUAAGUGUUGGCAUCUCCUACCAGGAGUAGGUGCUUGUGAUUAAUUUGUUCAACACAACGCACAGUAAAGCUGCAGUGCUCUACAUGCGUCUCAUGUACAGCACUCAGAUGUCUUGUGUGGUGUGUUGUUGGUUCUUCAUAAACACUAUCAGAGCAAAGAAGUGGAUUUUGAUGGGAAAAUGUUGGAGUCAUGAAGGGUAAAUGGGUUGCAAUGUGACAGCAAUAAACUAUUUUGUAAAAAAUAAAAAUAGAAGUUAGGAAAAACAAUGUCAGCCUGAGCUUUCCUGGAAGUGAUGUAUUCCCUGACUGCUCAUGUAUUUUCAUUUUUGUGUUUGUUUUUAAAUUAAAGAGAUGAAGUGUAAGCUACACUGAGCCAUGAUCAUUUAUUAAAAUAAUUUUCAUGAAAGGUUUUAUUAUUUUAUUAUAUUGUAUGUGGGUUUCUGAAGA